AUGUUGCUGGAAGUGGACUGUGUCUCUGCAAAGAAAAGAGGAGACAAGUGGCCGACCAGUCCAAAAUCAUCCAGAAAGAAAGUCAAGCUCGUCCUUGACCCCUCUCUCAUAAGUUCCCCAUCUCCUCUCUCUCCAUCUCCAAACAUGUCGUUGUCACCGUGGACUUACGAGUACACUUACGACGAGUCCAGGUUUCCUAGUCGAAUCUAUGAGGCAAGAUGUGGAAAGACCGGCUGUUUGACUACAGAUGGAUUUGAAGACUUGGGACUGCAGUCCGAACCCAUCUUGUAUCAGAUUCUUGUCCUGAAGAGAGUGAAGCCAAAGAGAGGGAAGAAAGCCUUCUACCGACUGGAGAGUAAGACCAUCAAAGUGGGCUGCACCUGUGUCCGGCCCAGAGUCAUCCCACAGAUGUAA